AUGCCGCCAAAAGCAAGACAGGGUACUGGAUUACCUACCACACCGGAAGCGUUUGCUCAACUCAUAGCCCAACACGUUAAUACUGCCAUGGAACAGCUCAAUGCUAAACAAAAUGAUGGCCAGGGACGUGGACGUGGUGCACACGGGCACGGUUUUGGUGGGGCACAUAUUGGAAAUCCUCCAGCGUUGUCCUGGUGGAACUCACAAGUUCAAAUUAUGGGUGAAGACGCUGCCUACGGUCUGACCUGGAACGAACUUAAAGAGAUGCUCCUGAAAGAAUACUGCUCGCGCAGUGAAAUUCAGAAAAUCGAGACCGACUUCUGGAACCUAACCAUGGAAGGUCUGAACGUCAGAGCUUACACUUCUCGUUUUAACGAUGUGGCAAGGUUAGUUCCACGAAUGGUUACUCCUGAAUAUGUAAAGGUAGAAAGGUAUAUCUGGGGAUUGUCACCACGAAUUCGCAGUAUGGUUACAUCCGCAAAACCUACCACCUACCUAGAGGCUACUACAUUGGCAAAAUCAUUAGCUGAUGAUGCUGCUCGCAAAAGUGGUCUAGAUAAAAAGGAGGAAACUGGGAAGUCAUCGGGCAACGCCAAAGCAGACGCGAAAUCUGAACGGUCGGGGCGUUCUGAGACUAAGACAGAAGAUUCGAAGAAACACAAGUCCGAGAGCUCGAGGAAGGAAACUGACGAUAAGCGCGACAGGAAACGCAGUUCGAGGAAGGCGUAUGUAGCCAAUUCUAGCAGCUCUAGAAAGGAUAACGCCACAGAUAGCCGGAGUGGAUCUGAGAGAAACACUCACGAGGAUGAGCAGAAGAAAUGUCGCAGAUGUGGACGAAUUGGACAUAUUGCCCGCGAGUGCUAUGCAAAAAGUACUAUGGAAGGAAUGAAGCUUGAGGAAUGCUUUCAGUGCGGGGAACAGGGACAUUUCAAGAAGGAUUGUCCUAAGGCGGGAGGUCAGAAUGCCAGGGGUAGUGCGUUCGAGCUAAAUGCUGGGAAGGCACGUGACGAUCCUGCUAUUGUCACUGGUAUGUUUUUGAUCAAUAACCAUUCUGCGUUCCUACUCUUUGAUACCGGAGCUAACAUGAGUUUUGUCUCGAAAAACUUUGAACCUUUUGUGUUCACCUACAAGUAA